UUAAAGUUUAGGAUUAUAUAGUGAUCUUGUUUUUGUUGCUUAGUAAACAUGGCUGAGAAACUAAAAAAAGUUUUCGAUUCUAUUUUACGAAGGAAUUCUGACUUUCUUGCUGCUGUAGUGACUGAUAAAGAUGGCGUACCUAUUGUUAAAGUUGCUCAAGAACAAGUACCCAACAAUGUUUUAAGAGGAAGCUUUUUAGCUACAUUUGCUUCUGCUACUGAACAAGCAAGCAAAUUGGGUUUAUCAAAAAACAAAACAAUUGUUUGUUCAUUUUCUUCUUUCCAAGUUGUUCAGUUCAAUUAUAUUCCAUUAGUAGUGACGAUUGUCGCUACAAGUCAAGCUAAUACAGGAUUAAUACUCAGUUUAGAGAACGACUUUUCAAACGAUGUAAAAGAAAUGUCAUCAGCAAUACGUGCAAUCUCAAAAGAUUGAAAAAGAUUGGUAUAGCUGAUCGGUGUAGAAAUUCAUUCUAUAAUUUUUAAGAUUUUCUAAUGAUUGAUUGUUUAAUUCAACCACAAAAUUCAUAUACCAUUCGCACUAUGACAAGUAGAAGGAGAUCAAACAUAUUGAUUCUUAUGCACCAUUACCAUCGCCAUUUUGACGUUAGUAUAAGUAUCAUGUACAUUAAAACAAAGUCCUGCAUUUUGGAGAAGACCUAACCCAACGCAUCACAAAAAUUUAAAGUAUCUUCCUGCUCUGACUUAUUUUUCUUAAAAUUAAACAACAGCAAGUUAUUUAACUUGGACAUGCCACUGCCAUAACAUUGAUUUUGAAUGCUAUUUAGCAAAUCUAGUUUCAUUAAAAAUUUGCUAUGCGCAUAUGCAAGCACCAAUUUCA